AUGAUCACCGAUCAACGAGAAGAAACCCUUCGUGAAGUGUGUGCUUUGGGGAACAUUAAGGCUGCUCAACAUUUCGCCAAUUCAGGCGUCAACUUGAAUUCACAAAACAAAAUGAACGGAUGGUGUGCGCUUCAUUGGGCAUCCCAUCGUGGUCACGUCAACGUGGUGCGCUUACUCUUAUCCAACGGUGCCGAUCCCAAUGUAAAGACCCACAAGGAUCAAACAGCCCUUGAUUUGGCACGUGACAAACAUCCCGAGAUCGUCAGCCUACUUGAGCCUGUCACUAGUACUGGUGGUGAUGAUACCAACCAAGCAAAACCUGAGCCUGCAUUACCCAUUGUGCCGAGGUACCUGAAAGAACCAGACUUGGAGAAAUCAUGGUUGCUGCCGGAUGAAUUUUCCGAGGCUCGUAUCGAGAAUGUUGUACGACAACAUCAAGCUCGUAAGGAUAUGGAACAACCACCCCAACCGCAGCAGCAGCAGCAACAACAACAAAGCAAUACAUCCGCAGCAGAAAAAGAGAUCCUUGUUUAUCUUGGCAAUCGCAACGACGAGUCGAUUAUGGGAUCCGUCUUCUUAAAGAAUGAAUCGAUUGAUGCAUCGUUAGCAUCUAUCAAGCAGGAAUUGGAUGGAUUACCGGAGAACUUUGUGCUUGGUCGUAACAAUGGCAAGAUGACGAUCCCUAUCAAUUCCAAGCAGAUGGAUAAACCCUUGUUAGAUAUCUUCCGUGGUGAAGAGGAUGUACUUGUUAUUAUCCCCAAAUAA